UGGUCUCGUCGAGACAUGCAGACACAAAUCAAGAACAAACUUCCACUAGUGCUACUGAGAUUUUGUAAGUUGCUGUAAUAUUUAAUAUAUUACUAUGGUCAUUUCUUGUAGGGUUGGAGAACCUAUCCCUCGAUUAAGGGAUUGUAAAAUAACGAGUAUUUUCCUGUAAUACCAAGCUGGUGGGGUGAGGCUAGCUAUUUUUAAGGUAAAGUUGUCUCAUUGUUUAGGCGUAAUUCUCUUUUUUUGCCUCUUGUAAAUAUAUUUCAGGUGGGAGCAUAGUUUUACUUAUUAAUCAUUCUAAAUAAUUUUCAUGGGUUUCUAUUGACGGAUUGAGAACAAAUGCCCUGUAACUUCAUUGGAAUCAAAUAAAUGCCUGCAAAGUCAUUUUUCGCUUGAGAACGGCAUCCAGUUUGUAAAUUCUGCCACAAGUGUAAAUGACAUACGUGAAAGUUUGAAGUGCGUCAACCUGCAGGCCCACUCCUGUCGCCGUCAGCCAAUGGGCCGCCGCCGCCAAGAUGCUGCCUGACACAACCAGCUGACUCGGUAUUGUUCUGCCGUGGGUAUGAGCGCUCACGGAGCGUCCUCAUCUUAUUCGCUGGCUGGACGUCGGCCCUUCUGCCCUACGUCGUGGAGCGCGGGAGAGACGUUUGAGAGAAAGGUCUGGCUCCACUACAGCAGCUGAGAAGCAAACAUGUGGGAGGAGAGUUUGGACAAGGAGCACGACGUGGGCCAGAACCUGGACUACUCGCCCGUGUCAUGGGAGGAGUAUUUUGAGCAGAUGGAGGACGUGAGUGUGGUCCAGGGUGACGGCCGAGACAUCUUCAGGGUGUACAAAGCUGGACAUGAGGGCCCCCUGUUGGUUCUUCUGCAUGGAGGAGGACACUCGGGUCUGUCUUGGGCAGUUUUUACGACUUCCAUUGCUGCCAGAGUGAGCUGCCAGGUGCUCGCCAUGGACCUCAGGGGGCACGGUGACACAUUUGUCCGCCAGUCGGACGACUUCUCCACUCAAACUAUGUCCAGCGACGUCGCCAACGUGGUCCGGGCCUGCCACGGGGAGAUUCCUCCUCCCGUCAUCCUGGUUGGCCACGGCGUUGGCGGCGCCAUCGCCGUGCACGUGGUCAGUAAUGAGCUGAUGCCCACCGCUGUUGGACUCGUGACAAUUGACGUGGUGGAGGGAAGUGCAAUGGAGGCGCUCCACAGCAUACAGAACUUCCUGAAGGGGAGACCCAAGUCCUUCAAGUCUUUGGACCAUGCCAUCGAGUGGAGCGUCAAGAGCGGACAAAUCCGAAACUUGGAAUCUGCCAGAGUGUCGAUGGUUGGUCAGAUCAAAAGGUGUGAGGCGGAGGAAGCCGACACCCUGGAAGGGGCCGGCCCAACGAGGGAAGACGCGGUGGAGGACCGGAAUGAGGAAUUCUAUGACCGAAGCUACGUCAACGAUGUGAAGAACACCGCCACGGAGGCCGGCGGUGGACAAGGCCAGAGCAUCUACAAAUGGCGUAUAGACCUGUCCAAGUCGGAAAAGUACUGGGACGGCUGGUUUCGGGGGACCUCCAACCUUUUUCUGGCCUGCAACCUGCCCAAACUUCUUCUGUUAGCAGGAAUAGACCGCUUGGACCGGGACCUGACCAUCGGCCAGAUGCAAGGUAAAUUCAUGAUGCAGGUGCUGCCGCCCUGUGGUCAUGCAGUGCAAGAAGACCAACCAGACAAAGUUUCUGAUGCCGUGGCCGCAUUUCUGCUGCGACACAAGUUUGCCGAAGCCAAAAGAGCAAGAACAAGUCCAACUGCUUCUUUGGCCACUGAAUAGCACAAAGAUGAUGGACGGAUCUGCACACAUGAAACAUCACAAACCUCCAUCUUCAUCACUGAUGUGAAGCUGCUAAACAACUCCAAACAUUAAAAUGAACUCAAAUUUGAAAAAAAUAGUCGUCAAGGAGUUUUUUUUU